UCGACAACGUUCCCAACAGCCAGUUGGCUUCACGCAGCACAACAGACACCGGCACACACACUCACACACACACACACAGUGCUAAACAAUUCAUUUAAAGAUACGCGUGUGUCUCCGGGUUCCAAUUAUCACCAAUAAUACAGUAAUGCGUGCCCGUGUGUGCUAACUACCUAUAUAUAUACUAUAUAUGUAUAUAUCUUCUUUUUUUUUUAUUGUACUCAACUGCAUUUUGUGCUAGUGUGGAAAUAAUGUUCAUGUGCAACGCUUGAAUUGCCCAAAUGUCUGGCCAGAGCCAGAGUCAGAGCUCAGAGCAGAUAUUGUCGAAACUCUCAAGGAAUUGCAAUCCGUUAAUCAGCACAGCUUAAGAGCCAACCAUCUAUAUCAAUCGAGGGUAAAUGCGCAUCAUCUCAAAGCUGCAGCUGUAUCGCUUCUAUCUCGUGCUCAUCGAUCGCAAUGACAAAAUGCUGAUCGCUGUUCUGUUGAUAGUCGCGCUCGUCGAAGCGAUUGGCGCCUUUCAACCGGAGUUUGUGGAAAGCAUUUCAAAUGUUUCGGUUGCUGUGGGUCGCGACGCAACCUUCACCUGUCACGUGCGCCACUUGGGCGGCUAUCGGGUGGGCUGGCUGAAGGCCGAUACAAAAGCCAUUCAGGCCAUACACGAGAACGUCAUUACGCACAAUCCGCGCGUCACGGUCAGCCAUUUGGACCAAAACACCUGGAAUCUGCACAUUAAAUCCGUCUCCGAGGAUGAUCGAGGCGGCUACAUGUGUCAACUAAAUACGGAUCCAAUGAAGAGUCAAAUUGGUUUCCUGGACGUUGUCAUACCGCCGGACUUCAUCAGCGAGGACACGUCAUCGGAUGUAAUUGUGCCCGAAGGCAGCUCCGUGCGCUUAACAUGUCGUGCACGCGGCUAUCCGGAGCCCAUUGUGAACUGGCGCCGCGAGGAUGGCGGCGAAAUUGUGCUCAAGGACAAUGCCGGCACCAAGACCUUGGUGUCCUCGUUCCGCGGCGAGGUGCUGAAGCUGACGAAGAUCUCACGCAACGAAAUGGGCUCCUAUCUGUGCAUCGCCUCCAAUGGAGUGCCCCCAUCGGUUUCCAAGCGCAUCUCGCUUAGCAUACACUUUCAUCCAGUCAUACAAGUGCCGAAUCAAUUAGUCGGAGCACCGCUUGGCACUGAUGUUCAAAUCGAGUGUCACGUUGAGGCCUCGCCCAAAUCAAUUAACUACUGGAUUAAGGAUACCGGUGAAAUGAUUGUCUCGUCGGCCAAAUACCAUGUGCAGGAGCAUUCGCAGUCGAUGUACGAAACGAAAAUGUCAAUGAUUGUGCGAAAAUUUCAGAAGGACGAUGUCGGCUCGUACCGCUGCAUUGCGAAAAACUCACUGGGCGAAGUUGACAGCAGCAUCCGGCUAUACGAAAUCCCGGGACCGAAUCGUAAAAAUCCUUCAAAUAGCAAAGGAAACGGAGGCGCUGGCAGCGCUGCCGGCAACGCCGGCGACACGGAUGCCAAUGACAUUUUAAAACUGAAACAACAAGUCAAAGUCACCUACCAGCCGGAGGACGACGAGCUCUACGGCUCGGCCGAGGAUUUCGAGGAUGGCGAAUUCGCCGGGUCGCCGCCGUUAUCGCCGCACCAUUACUACACCAGCGGCAAUAAGCCACCGACACAUAAGCCCGGCGGCAGCGGUGGCGGCCAUCAGCACCAGCAUCAGCACCACCAUCACCCACAGCAGACAGCGACGGGCGGUGGUGGUGGUAGUGGUGGUGGUGCUGGUGGCGGUGGCGCCAGCUCCAUUGAGCUGGCAUUCGGCAGUGGCCAACUGAACGGCGCUGGCAACACACGUAAGCCGACCUAUUACGGUGGCAGCGGUGUCGCUGGGGGCGUUGGCGGCGCCACGGGCAACACGGAAGUGCGCGGCCCCAUGGACAACAACGAGCGCAGCACCGCUGGCGCACCACAUCGCGCCUUCAGCCCAACCAGCCAUCGGCUCCACUCGCCAUAUCGUCAAUGGCUGUGGCUGUUCCACUGUCGACAGCCGCUCUUAAUGGGCUUGUCCGGCUUAGUUGCGGCGCUCAGACUGUUAUAAUACAUGGUGGCAGCAGUGCACUAGAGGAAGACACAAACACACACGCACAUAGAGACAAACACACACACACACACACACUACCACACACUCAGACAGAGUAGGUUUUUUUUUGAGGGAAUUAAACAUACAAAGCAUUAAACUACGUUUCUUGUAUAAGAACAAGAUGCUUGCUUAGAGUAAGUGCAUAUCCACACACAUACACACACACACAGCAACACACAGAUGUAUAUGUAUAUGUUGAUGGGCCUUUUUCAGUUAGCAUCGCUACGGCCCAAGGACACUAGCUGAUUAUGGCAGCCCAAUCAAAGAUUCAAUAAUUAUAAUCAAAACUCUACUAAAAGGGCAUCAAGUGUUGCACAAUGCAAAAAGCUUUAAGUCAACACUAAAAGUUUUUCUAUUAUUUAAUCGACUUUUCCACAUUCUUAAAGCGCUUUAACAUAUAAUUGUUUGUACAAUUUUUUACUAUUACCCAUUUUUAAUAAAAUGAAUAUGUAUUUUAAAAUAAAAGUUUUUUUAUAUCUUA